AUGGACGAUAAACAGCCGUCGCUUUUGUUCAAGGAGAAGGAAAGUCUGCUACUUAUUGAGUCAGAGCGAUUAAAGACGUUUGGGGAAUGGCCUAAUGAGCUGAGCUGGGCUUGCACUCCCCAGAAGCUGGCACAUGCAGGUUUCUACUUCAGUCCUGGACCAGAGUCACUGGACAAUGUCUGCUGCCUGUUCUGUCAGAAAGAACUGGAUGGCUGGGAGCCUGAUGAUGAUCCACUAAAGGAGCACAAAAAGCACUCAGCAACAUGUCCUUUCUUGUCCCUGAAAAAGCCUGUGGAGAAACUCACAUUAGUAGAGUUUGUGAGGCUGAACAUGAAAAUUGCCAGUUUGAAAACUAUAAAGAUACUUGACAAGACAAGAAAGGAAUUUGAAGAACAGAGCAAUACAACCAGGGAAGAAAUUAUUGAACAUAUUAAUCAAAAGUGA